GAAAAGGAUACUGAAAACGGAAAAUAACGUUACCGUCGGGUUACCCGGUCCACGCUGCGGAGAAACACCUUUGGCAGUUCUUGCUUUCCCUCCAAACGAAGGUGGAGAAGUAGAGGGGGACAAGUCGCGUACCUCCGGCUCCAAUCACCCAAGGAUGGAUCCCACCACUUGGUACGUCCAAGGUCAUGGCAUUUGAUUUCAAGCUGCCCGUCAGUUUCUUGGCUGUCUGAAAACAACAAGUAGAAAAGUAGCGUAUCAUGCCUCGGAGUCCUACGUCCAGUGAGGAGGAAAUGGCCCAGAGUGUCUCUGACGGGUCUGGAGGUUUUGAGACAGACAGCUCCAAGGAGGAGGCUGGCCAUGGAGAACCUGGAGGGGAGACGGCCAGCAGAAGGGCCGACAGGAGGGCAGAGAAGGAUGAGGCCGCCCGCAGGGAGUCCCUGGUCUUCUGUGUGGUCAUCCCUGACCUGCAGCAGUCUACAUGUAUGAGGUUUAAACCCGAGGCCACCGUAUGGGUUGCUAAACAGCAGAUCCUGUGUACACUGACCCAGACGUUGAGGGACGUGCUGAACUAUGGCCUGUUUCAGCCCGCUGUGGAGGGCCGCAAGUCUGGCUUCCUGGACGAAGAGCGCCCUCUCAAAGACUACCCUACUCCCACCAGCAUCAAGGGGGUUCCAACUCUGGAGUUCCGUUACAAGAGCAGGGUCUACCAGCAGCCCAAUGUAAACGAAAAGCAGAUUGCCAAAAUCCACACGCAGGCCAACUAUAGGAAAUUCAUGGACCACAUUCAACAUCACCAGCUGGAUAAAGUGGCAAAGAUGCUGGAGAAAGGCCUCGACCCCAACUAUCAGGACCCUGAUACUGGUGAAACUCCACUGACCUUCGCAGCCCACCUUUACAAUGUGGAGCAGGUCAUCGUUGUAUUGAAACAAGGUGGAGCACAUCUGGACUUCAGAUCACAAGAUGGGAUGACGGCUCUCCACCAUGCAGUCAGGGCCAAGAAUCAGGCCACGCUGAAGGCUCUACUGGACCUGGGCGCAUCUCCAGACUACAAGGACAGCCAGAGUCUGACCCCCCUCUACCAUACAGUCCUGGUGGAGGGAGACCCAAGCUGCUGUGAGCUGCUACUGAGGGCCCACGCCACCAUCUCUUGCCAUGACGAGAACGGCUGGCAUGAGAUACACCAGGCAUGUAGAUAUGGACAUGUCCAGCACCUGGAGCACCUGUUGUUCUACAGAGCAGAUAUGGGUGUCCAGAACGCCUCGGGAAACACGGCUCUACACAUCUGUGCUCUAUACAAGCAGGAACACUGUGCCAGAGUACUGCUUGUUCGUGGUGCCAACAAGGAAGUGAAGAACUACAGAAGCCAGACAUCAUUCCAGGUGGCCAUCAUCGCGGGGAACUUUGAAUUGGCAGAAUUAAUCAAGAAUCACAAAGAGACUGAUAUUGUGCCUUUCCGAGAGGCGCCGGCCCAACCUGCCCGGCGCAAGCAAGCCCCACGGAGCACCCUCGCUGCACCACGGCCGACGCUCUUGCGCUCCAACAGCGACAACAACCUGAACGUGAACAACCGGUCACCCCUGCCGUCCCCAAGCCACUCUCCCCUGCGUAGCCUCUCCCCCCGUCGGCCCCAGCAGCAACAGAUGCCCAGCCCCAAUGGAACAGUCAGGACCAUGGGGAAGGGGGCUCCCCGCCCUCCCCGCUCACCUUCCCUGGGGCGCCUGGGGGAGGAAGCACGGAGACAGACCCCUCAGCGACAGCCCAGCCCACACAGGGGUCGGGAAGCUUUCUCUGAUGGCAUAGACAGCCAGGGGCCCAAGCGUAAGCUGUACAGUGCUGUGCCAGGGAAGCACUAUGUGGUGACCCAGUCCUACCAACCACAGGCCGAAGGGGAGAUCCCCCUGUAUAAGAACGACAAGGUCAAAGUGCUCUCCAUAGGGGAAAGUGGUUUCUGGGAGGGCAGUGCCCGUGGUAACUUGGGGUGGUUCCCAGCAGAGUGUGUGGAGGAGAAUAUCCCUAACCAAGUCCAGGAGGAGAAACCAUAUGCCAGGGCAGACAGAGCUGAGAGGAGGAAGCUCUUCAGGCACUACACUGUGGGAUCCUACGACAGCUUUGAUGCAUCAAGCGACUGUGUGAUUGACGAGAAGACGGUAGUUCUACAGAAGAAGGAUAAUGAGGGAUUCGGGUUUGUGCUGCGAGGGGCGAAAGCGGACACGCCCAUCGAGGAGUUUACUCCCACCCCUGCCUUCCCCGCCCUGCAGUACCUGGAGUCUGUGGACGAGGGCGGGGUUGCCUGGCGGGCGGGGCUUCGCAACGGAGACUUCCUCAUCGAGGUGAACCAGGAAAAUGUGGUGAAGGUGGGCCACAAGCAGGUGGUCAAUACGAUCCGACACGGGGGAAACCGGCUCAUCAUCAAAGUGGUGACGGUUAGCAGGAAUCUGGACCCUGAUGACACGGCUAGGAAGAAAGUGCCCACACCUCCACGUAGGGCUCCCUCCACUGCCCUGUCCAUGGCCAUGCGCUCCAAAUCCAUGACAUCAGAGCUGGAGGAGCUAGUGGACAAAGCCACUUUGAGGAAAAAAGUGUCCGGUGAUAAAGUGGAUGAGAACAUGCCUCCUCAGAAGCCUAUAUGGGAGAACUCCAACGCUGACAUAAGGGUCGCUAACACAGUCAAGUCACGGCCCAACAGCAGGUGCUUCGCCUUGAGCCCCGAGAUGAAUUCCAUGUGUGAGAGCCAGGAUAUGUCGAUGCCGACCCAGACCCAGCCCCAACCCAGAGAGCCAGGCAGUCCCAGAGGUCGAGGACCCUACCUGGGGGUGCCAAACAGACAGGGGACCAUGAGACGACAGAAGUCCAUAGGAACAUCUGGAAUAACAGAAGAGGAGACCCCUCAGUUUCUGACCCCACCUAUGUUGAAAUUCAGCAGGAGCCUCUCCAUGCCGGACACAUCAGAGGACAUCCCACCCCCACCCGCCAUCUCCCCUCCAUCUCCCCCUUACAACAACGUCCCCAACCCCCAGGGCAGAGGCUACGGCACCAUCAGACACUCUGCUCCUAAAGGCACCGCCCCAGAGCGAGGGGACCUCACCGCUGGCGGCAGCGAUGGGUGGAGGGAGCAGGGGGGUAUGUACUACAGAGAGCCCCAGUCGGAACAGUACCAGUCUGAGGACCACCACCACCAACAGGGAAGCCACAGUCCAGGCCAAGGCCUCACAGCCCAGCAGAGCUUCCUGAACCGCAGGGCCCAGAUCCCUGAGAACCCCUACUCAGACCUGGGGAAGAUGGGCAACCUGGGGCUGUUUGCCCCCAACAAGCCCCAGAGGAGGAAGGGCAUGCUGGUGAAGCAGGACAAGAUCGAGGACAGCCCUGAGAAGAUCUGCACCAUCAAAAUCCCAACCAUCAUCAUCAAGGAGCCGUCUACAUCCAGCAGUGGUAAGAGCAGCCAGGGCAGCAGCAUGGAGAUAGAAACUGGCACCCACGAACACCCGGGACAGCUCCGGCCCGACGACGGACACAACCCCAGCAGCCCCUUUGCCACGGCCAUGGCGGGCGCCGUGCGAGAGCGAGAGAGGAGGAUGGUGGAGUCUCACCAGAACUCCCCAUCCUACAGGUUCACCGACCAGGGUGACGAAGACUCGCCUCCCGCCCCAAUCCCUCGCCUCCGCCACUCCAAGUCCAUCGACGAGGGGAUGUUCAGUAGUGAUGAACGCCUGCGCCGCAUCAUGGCCCCACCUGCCUCUCUCCUCAACAUCCCCAGAGAAGGAGGCAAUGUGACGAACUUCAAUACCUCAGAGCCCAACAUGGUGAGGGAGCCACUCUACACCCGCACGGGUCACCACAGCCCGGUCAGUCUGCCAAACAAGACCUACACCUCCAGCAGCGGACACUACGUCCACCCAGUAACUGGGAAGCCUCUGGACCCUAACUCCCCUCUUGCACUGGCUCUAGCUGCACGGGACCGGGCCAUGAGAGAGCAGUCCCAGCCUCUCCCACUGAAGACUGAGCUACCCAAACCUGACCUGAACAAGCCUCUGUUCAUCGACACUAAGCUAAGGACUGGCAUGGAUGCGAGUUUCUCCUCGACGGCCACCAUGGGUCGACCAGGCAGGGCAGGGCUUCGCAGGCAGAUGACCGAGGCCAAGUACGAGACAGAGUCAAAAUACGACCACCCGCUGGCUAAAGACCAGGACAAGAGUCUAUCCCGGCCUGAGAGAGAAGAGGAGAAGAAGAACAUGUUGAUAGACAUCGUGGACACGUCUCAGCAGAAGUCUGCUGGUCUGCUGAUGGUUCACACCACUGACGGAGCCAGGUCUGAGGAGAACAGCCUGUCUGAGGGGGACAGGGACGGGGCAGUGAGUCCAGACAGCACCCCCAGCGAGCUCCGGGAUCCCAACCAACCUAACACCUCCAAAAUGUCCUCCCCUAACCCCCAUAACUCCCACUCUAUGGGCCCUGGACCCAGAGGUAGUAAGACCAUGAUCACCGUCACCUCAGUAGAUGAGCCGGUCAAACUCCCCUUCGGCAUCCCUCCUCCGCCCUGCGUUCCCUCUGUUGACAUCGACGAUGACUUCUUCGCUGACCCACUGCCGCCGCCGCUGGAGUUCGCCAACAGCUUCGACAUCCCAGAGGACCAGAAGGGGGCGAUUGCUGAACUGCUCAAACAGCAUCGAAACGCUGGUAGAGCCCCGUCGUCUCUAGCUCCUUUCUACCCCCACCAUGGUAACACCCCAAGCCACCCUGACCAGACGAUGAUCAAACGGCCUGCAGUGCUCACUAACUGUAUGCCCCCCAGUUUCCCCCCCAACGCCCUGGAGAGCUACGAGCCUAUCAGUGACUCUGGGAUCGAUGUGGAGCCAGACAGCCGCAGUAGUGGAGAUCCUCAGAUGGAGACUACGAGCACUGUAUCCACUGUGUCCAGUAUCUCUACGCUGUCGUCAGACGGUGGCGAGGCGCUGGACAACACAUGCACAGUCUAUGCAGAUGGACAGGCCUUUCUGGUGGACCGGACCUCAAAGCCAAAAAACAGGCAUCCUGCCGCCAACAAGAGUAAUGCACUUUACAAGGACCCCGCCUUGAUGGAUAGAGAAGAGAACCUAAGAACUUUCGGAACGCCCUCCUCUGUCCCGCCACCUCCCCCCGGGGCAUGCGUCCACUCAGAGCCCCCCAGAACACCAACGCAAAGGACCUCAAAGCUGUGGGGAGACCCGCCAGGCUCUAACCCCUAUGACAUGCAGAACAAGGACAAGACACCAAAGCCAGGGGACGGGAUAGACUCUUCUUCCUCAGGAUGUAGGACCGUUUUUGGAUCAAGGGGUCCAGACGGUGGGUCCCUUGCCUCAGGUACACAGCGGAAUACCACAGUCACUUUUGCUGCCCAGCUCGGCCCGAGCGUGCCGGCCCCAUCUCCACAACGAGAGACAGAGAGUCUCCCCCACCACCGAGCCCCCAGCCCCAUCCUCUCUCCUCCAGACUCAGGCCUCAGCUGUGCCUCCUCCCUCCCCGCAACCUCCCCCACCCUCUCGGAUGUGUUCGGCCUGCCCACCCCCCCUCUCAGCCUGGGCACGGGGAGCAGCCGCUCACCCUCCCCCCUCACCCUCAUGCAGGCCGUCUCCAACAAGCCUUUUGCCACCAAGCCGGUUCUGAUGUGGAGCAAGCACGAUGUGGCCGACUGGUUGGAGAGCCUAAACCUGGCAGAGCACAGAGACACCUUCAUGGACAACGACAUCGAGGGCUCCCAUCUGCCCAGCCUGCAGAAGGACGACCUCAUAGAUCUCGGGGUGACCAGAGUCGGCCAUCGGAUGAACAUAGAGAGAGCUUUGAAACUGUUGAUGGACAGAUGAGAAGAGAGGAUAGAGGUCUCUCAGUCUCCAACACAACAACUUCACAUAACAGUUUUAUUUACGUUGACUUAUUUAAACUCUACUUACUGUACAAUUCUUAUGAUGAUGCUUGUUUUGUCGAAACUUAGAAAUAUCCUCAUGUAUCCUGAAGAAACUGCAACUUAAAACAGCACUGCAGUUUCCUGAAUAAGCACAAAAGUCCCCCAGAGUGGGAUAGAGUGAUCCCAGGUGAGACAGAGCCGCGCUGUCAGUAGAAAGUAAGGAAGCAGACACACAGGGACCUGGCUGCGAUGUGGAAUACACUACACUAUCAAACAGAACAGCAGCCUAAUCACUACGGGACUUAAGGACUUUUGAAAUCAACCUCAUUUGAAUGCAAAACCAGAACCAGCUUUGCAGGGGUUUCAUUUUCUAUUGUAUCUCUGUUAGAAAGUAUGUGAAUACUGAUCUCUUCAGGAAAAAGGGUGGGAAUCUGCACUGCACAGGGCCGGCGCUAGAACAAAUCAGUUGGACGGGCACAUUUUGUUUUACGGGACCUCCUAUGUGUGUACGUGCUUGGCCUCAAGGUACCCCCCCCCCUUCAAGCUAAUUGAGCAGUCAGUCUGACUGCAACAUUCUAACAGUGUAUUUAAUACAUUUAACAUAUGCUAUCGCCAAAAUAAUAAUUUGGUUGUGUUUAUGAAGGUCUUAAGUAACAUUAGAAUACAACAAAUAUAUUUCCAAAAACACAAGAGCAUUUUCAUUACUUUAUGUUACUGUAGGAUACAGUAUGUAAAAACUGAAAAACACAACAAAAAUACACCCAAAUUCAAGUGUUCAAUAAAUUGUAUUCGUGGAGUGCCUUUGUUACAACUAUGAAACAGAAAGCAUAGGUGUGGGAAUGCGGUAACAGCUUCUUUUUAUAACAACAAAAUAAAAGUACCCCAACCACCAAGACGCACGGUGUGCAGUCAAACGAUGAAAACAUCAGUAGCCUAAACAUAUAAGCGCCAAGUGUGCUUGAUAAAUAGUGAAAAUCAUCACAAAGCAAUAAUGGCAUUAUAAUGAAUAUACAGUAAGAGUCGAUGACAGCCGUAAGAAAUUGUCAAUUAUCAGUUGGAGAAUGUCCAUCUCAUAUAAACAAACGAAAGCGCUUUGAGGCCUGCUCUUUCAGUGAUGACAUUUUGUGCUGAUAUUUGGCCUGUAGCAUUGUCACCGGCUUGUUCUUUCCAAGCGGUGCCAUCCCUUCCUCUCUCCUGUCUCACCGUUUCAUUUGUUGGUGGCGCAGGCACCUUCUCAGUGUGCACCAUUCUGGCUUUUUUUGUUGUUGCCUUUACGCCUCGGAUGUGUAGAUUCAGCCUGAGGCUCAGAAUCAGAAGAAUAAUCAUCAGAGAUUUCAUCAUGAUUCAUUUCUUCCCCACCAUCUGAAUCAUUUUCAUUCAGAUUUUGUAGCAACGCUUGCCAUUUUAAAUUACGCACGCUCUCACUGUCUACUCCAAGUAGGCCAGAAUAGACUGGAAAGACUGCUUGGUUUCGGUGAACUGAUAUAGGGUACAUACUAUUUUGAGGUUAUAAUUAGAAUAGAUCAAUACAAUAAAAUGUCCCGCACUGUUCUUCGUUCACAAUUGGUGAUUAUAUAAUUAUGUAUUGUUCGCUUCCCCUCGCUCAUCAACUCACCCAUUCCCCACAUCAUACUUUACUUCAUUUAUUUAAUCUGUUGUUAUAUGUGUGAAAUUAGUUUCAGUAUAGUUUAGGUUCAGAUUCGAGACAGUUAUCGGGGUGGUUAUCAACUGGGCAUGGCACUAUCGGGAGCAGGCCCUACUGUCGGCAGGACAGUAGGCAAUUGGGGAAAAACAUAAAACUGGUUCUGUUUGAUUCUAACAACAACAGUGUGUUUUAUAGACUUAUUUAGGAAAGGUCAAGGACGAAAGGGGGCAUGACUUUAUAAAUGGCAGGGUAGUGCAUGUUUUAGCCUAAUGAGCAGUCCAAAUGACUGCUUUAGCGGUUCUAGUGUGGGUUUUAUAGUAAAGACAUUUAGCUGUAAAAAUGUAUUACCUUUUAAUGUGGCAUGAACACAACCAGUCAUGAUGUUUUCAUCUGAUUGUCCAGCAAAUCACUUCAAGAAAUAAGUUACCUUCGUGCACUCGUCCAAAUAGCAUCCGAGUGAGCGAAACAGCGCCCCUCUGUCUUACUAUAUGUAGCCCAUGUAUCUGAUGGGAUCUGGCAAAAAAAUGAGAAUGACAUGCCAUGCUCUUUAAUUGCAGACACCUUCACAUACAUGGGCUACACAUACUGAGACAGAGUGGCGCUGUUUCGCUCACCCGGAUGUUUUAUCUGAGAUUGACGCUGUCUUUAUGUCGGCGCACGUCUCGGUCAAAUAAAUUAUACGCCACAGUGGAUGCGUUAUAAUACCCAUAAAAACACGGAAAUGGUUCCAAUGGUUUUUACGACAUAAAUCUUUCACGCCGUGAAUUUGACAGAGGAUACGAAUUAAUUGUGUUUGGUGUAGGCUUACCUUGUGACGUUUUGAUAGCUGUGUAAUUCUCUCACGGAUAAGGUGAGUUUUUAUCAAUAUAUUCGCCUCAAUUUAAUAUAAUCAAUGUGCAAAGCUAGUUAUUGAUAAACUUUUACUUGUCCGGAGAGAUUUGCGCGGCUAUCAAAACGUCACUCCUAGGUAAACCAACACAAAACACAGACCUUAUACGAAGUAGUUCUAAGAUCGCAGACACAAAAAUGAAUGGUGAAAAAAAUGAUUUCAACCAUUUCCUGGUUUUAUGACUCGUACUGUGUUACUCAAUAGGGCUUAGGGGGCGGGCCAUGGCACUGCAGUGUGUGGAAUUCAUUUUUCUCUCUCUCCCUUUUUACCGGGAUGUAGUUUGAUUUGAGGGACAGUACAGUGUUUUCUCAGACAAAGGUAUUGCACAUUUCUACCCUGAAAGGGAGAUCACGUCAGAUGGAUUUCAAAAUAGGUGCAGUAGCAAGUUGUGGCCCUUAGAUUUCACUUGCCACGUUUUCAACAUACUUUCAAGUUUUAAUAUUUGUUUGUAGUUUUGUUUACUUGAGGAUGGAAAUCAUUAUACUGUCUUCCGCAGGAAGCUGAAGUGUGUGCCAGCAGCUCUCCCUACUGUUGUCUUCUGAACAUGACACGGCAGAGAGAGCAGAGCUUGGCAGUCAGGGCUUUCCAAUCGUUAUCACCAACCAUCAUCCUUUCUUUCGCAGUCUUCUAUGUCCUCUGAGAGGAAUAAUACACACACUAUCGCAUUAGGUUAUUACUAUACCCUGAACUGAUGUUUAGGGCUUUGGGAUUGAAGACUCAGGAAUGGAUUACCCUAGUUCAACAGAGUAGCAGGGACGGGGUCAAUUUCAAUUCAGGAAGUAAACUGAAAUUCUAAUUCUACAUUUUUCUCAGAGAAGCAUUGAAGAAAAUUUACAUUUACUUCCUGGAUUUAAAAGGAAUUUACCCCAACACUGCAGAAUAGGCAUGUUUCUGAAGACGAAUAUCAGCCAAGUUUAUGCAACGAUGAGAAAAAGUAGGCGAACAAACACUAAAGUUGGAAUUUCCUUUUCCCCUUCCCCUAGAAUAGGAAUAGUUCAACUUGUUUGGCAAUCGAAGAGAGGCAGAUACCUCUAAGAAUCAAGUUGCUAGAAAUGUUAUAUGAUUAUUGAAGUAUUAGAGAUGUAUUUAUUCUAUGAUGGUGUUUUGAUGGGUUUUGUUGAUGAGGAAGAAAGUUGUAGAUAUCCACAGACAUGAUGAUAGCUUCUUUAUAGAAUUAGAUCAUGCUUUUAGGGGAAUUUUUACUCCCAGUGACUGCUGUUCUGGAACACAUGGAGCUACAGGACAUUUGCUAAACUAUGUGCCAUUUGACUUCUUUGACAGGUCUCUUUUAUACAACACGUCUGAAACUGGCCAAAUCCAAAACAGUAUCACCAGAAUAAGAAUGUCCUUAAGUGCAGCAUCAUUUCCCUCCAUGUUCUCAAGGCAAAGUGUCCUCAUACCAUCACCAGUCCAAGAAGGCAGGGAUUCACUCAUCAUAAUGUUGAUGAGUUUAAAUGUAGUUUACUCUCUCCACUGUUUUUUCACUGAAACGGUCUGAAGUGGUAUUUUCCACUCAGUUUGCUUUGGGUUUAUAUCCCUGACCUUAACAGUGUAAACUUCUUCAUAUUUGAAAUUCCCCAAAACAAAAUGAAAGUGCUAGCUAAAAUUCUUACAGUAUUUAUGAAACAUUCUUUUGGAUUGACAUCUCAGAGCACAACAAAUUCAGUGUAUGGGUGGGACGUGUGUGUGAUCUAAUGGUGUGACAGGGGGGAAAACAUACCUUGAUAUGACUGAUGACUUUGUAAAAAAAAAAAAGUGUGAUGGUCCGCAAUCGAAAGGAUGUUGCCUAAAGCAUACUUAAUUUGUAUUUAUCUACGACUGUCUGAUGACUGUAGUAUGACCUCAUAACAGAAAAGUUCUAGUGCGAUAGACUGCAGAGUAGUGCUUAUCACCUGUCAGUUGUCACUGUUGACAUGCGGGCACACUUUGAGAUGAGAUCUUAUGUUAAGAACCACAGGAACAAGAAAGAGCACAGCACAGUAUUUUUUGAUUACGUAGAGAUAUUUAAUAUUAGGAUAUAUUCCUAUCCGUGUUGUUGCCAUAUCAACCCUGAGCUGUGGUUAGGUUUUUCAAAAAGAAGAGAGAUAUGAUUAAGAAGCAAUAUAAUAUCAAUUCUGUUUCAAGUUGUUGUUUUUCUUAUUCUUUUCCAGGGGAAUAAUUAUACAUGUAACAGGAUUUCAAGUCUCUCUAUUUUUAAAAUUGACAUAAAUAAUUGUGUUAUAAUCCAUAUUCCUAUAGAGCAUAUUUGAAACUUUUAGCAAUUGAUAGUCAUGUAUUUACAAAGCCUCUGUAAUUAUUAAAAGCUGAUAUCAACUGAUUUGCAUAGUUUUUGCAUCAUGUGUGUAUAAAUGAAGAUUCUCAGGCUGUAUAUUUCGACACUAUUUGCUCUAGAAAGCGUUAUAUGACCACUAUAUGACCAAGAGAAAAACACACCACUGAAUGUGACUGUUGAUGUACAGUAGAGUUGAUGGCUGCACGUUGCACUGAGGUCAUGUACAGGCCUAAAGGCUUAGUAGUGAAGCUGACUAGACCUAUAUACUUACCAAGGCAUCUGAAGCUCCAAGAGGUUCAAGGAAAGUCAAUUAAUCAGGAGAUGGGGCUAUGCUUCUGUACCUUGGCAAACAUUUUAAAAGCUAAUUUUCCUUGUUACUUUGCCCUGUAGGGCCACUGUAGUAUGCUGUCAAUGGAACAUAGCAUAGAAAUCCAGACUGAAUUCUGCUCUAUUUCAGGUUUAUUUCACUCCACUGGGAAACAAUAGUGAAAUGUAGUACGAUGCAGUCUGGCUACAUUGGACAUGUUAAGAUGCCGUAAACUGACAGGUAUCAGCUCCAAACUUUAUGUCCUCUUGUUUUAUUCUUCAUAGAUACAGAAUCACUCUGCUUUUUGUCAACGUCCUUUUCAUGCUAUCUAUGUUGCUGUAAUUUUAUGCUACAAAUAAUUCAUUUACUUUAGAGAAAAAUUCAUAUUAUUGAGAUCAGAGGAAUAUAAGUAUUUGUAACUGCACUUUCCCCUAAGUUCACAAACCAACAUUUUAUGGAGGUUAAUAAAUAUAAUAUUGCGCAAUA